GAGAGGAGCGCGGACCGAACGGCGCAUCGCAGUCGGUUCUGUAGGUGCGGCGCGAGAGGUGACUCGCGCGUUCUCCGCUCGGCGCCCUACGUCCGAGCCCAGCAGCUCUGCACGAAGAGAGCUCCCCGUCCGUCCGUCGCCGUCGUCCCGAGACGCUCGCGCGUCCGCGAUGGCGUCCGCCAAGAGAAAGCAGGACGAGAGGAACUUGAAGACGCUCCGUGAGCUGGUGUCGCAACCCGGUAACAAGGAGUGCUUCGACUGCAACCAGCGCGGGCCGACUUACGUCAACAUGACAAUCGGCUCGUUCGUCUGUACCUCUUGUUCUGGUAUGCUGCGAGGGCUGACUCCGCCGCACCGAGUAAAGUCCAUUUCCAUGGCGACAUUCAGUCAGGAGGAGAUAGACUUCAUAAAGGAGCACGGGAACGAGCAUUGCAGGCGAAUAUGGCUCGGCCUGAUGAACUCUAACUCACCCCAGAACCUCGACACCAAGGACGAGCAGAAGAUGAAGGACCUGAUGAGCGCCAAGUACGAGUUGAAACGGUACUACCUGGACCCGUCGAUCGCUAAUCAAAACACGGUAGUGGUGACACAGCCUAAGUCGCAAUCCACGAGCAACAUUCCGCGAGUUCCGAGCUCGAGUACGUCCACGACCCUGGCCGCACCGGUCGGCCAGAAAGCAGCGACGAACAACACGGCGCCGAUCAGCGCGAAUAAUUUCUCCGCGGACUUCGUCGCCGACUUCAGCAAAGUUCCCGACCCUUUCUGCUCGACGACGCCAGCGACCAGCCAGUUCCCCGGACAGCCGAUCGCGCCCCAACCGUUCUUCGCUAACUUCGACAACAAUCCAGUCUUCAAUAAUUCAAACAAAACGUCGACGAUGUUUCACCAGAUCGGUGGCAAUCCCACGAUGAACAUGAACGGGGCACACGCGCCACCCUCGGAGGAUCGUUACGCGGCACUCAAAGACUUAGAUUCGCUGAUGAAGCAGACGCAACUGAAAGAAGAGACCACGGGCACCUUAUCCGCGUCCACGUGGAACGCGAACAACUCGAAUGCACCAAACGCCACAUGGAGCAUCGUGAGCAACCAACCGCACGUCAUUUCGAAUCCGUUCACGGGUGGGGAUUUAUGGCGGCCGCCGGCGAACGUAGUCAACAAUAAUACUCAAUCCGUCGAUAGCUCUCUGUGCAAUCCUGCGAAUCCGUUCAAACCGACUACAUUUCCUGUAAAUAACGACCCGCAGUGGCUAGGCAUCGGGUCAGCCAGUAACGGAGACGUCCUCCAAUUCAGUCAACUCAUGACGCCGUUAGCGAACAAAGUGUGGCAGCCGACGGUUCCGGCGUAUCACGCGAAUCCAUUCAUGGUGGGCACGGGCGUAAGCAGCAUGACAAGAAAUUCGAACAAUCCUUUCUUAUGAUUAAGUACGCAUAAGCUUUUAACGGAGUUACGAACAAACAAUGCGAAACUAAAAUACAUUUAGACUAGGCGAAUUGUUAUAUACGUGACCUUACUGGCAAUUAGUGCCAUUAACUUUUAUCCCCAGGAGCGCACCAAUCUCAUAUCUAUAUAAAUAAAAUAAUACUUUUAUUUAUGAAUAUAUAAUAUACACGUUAAUAAAGAUUAAUAUUUGUUACUAAUCGCGUGAGUGUUACUUACGACGGUGUUCCUGUUUACCUCGCGAUGACACAGAUGUUUAAAUAAAUUGGAAAUUUUAGUGCGUUUUACUGCUGUUGACGGUCUAAGUAUAUGUACAAUUAGAAAAGAUGGUUCCAAAUGUAAGAUAAUAAUAUGAUGAUAUAU